AUGGCCUUCAGAGGCACCGACCCAUUUAGUGCAGAUGGGUGGAGCACGGACAUCGAUUUCUCGUAUUACGAGAUCGAGAACGUCGGAAAGGUCCACCGGGGCUUCGCCAAAGCCCUCGGCAUAAUUCAACAAGACAACACUACGCCGUCCCAGUUGUUAUUAGAACAAGGCAAAGAUGGCAUUGACUUGAAACCCUACGCUUACUAUGAGAUCGUAAAGCUGCUCAAGGGUAUACUGCUACUCAACCGCAAUGCCAAGUUUAUAGUGACGGGUCACAGCUUAGGUGGCGCAUUGUCAGUGAUGUUCGCGGCGGCGCUCGCGAUGCACGGCCAGGCUGAUUUGCUUUGCAGGGUUCUUGCCGAUGCACCAAACAAGAACUACUUCUCUUUGAUAUGGAGCAUUCCGAAGCUUCUGUAUGCGGUGUGGGAGUUGAUUAGGAGCUUCAUACUCCCACGUAGAAAUGGUCCAGAAUAUAAGGAGGGCUGGUUUCAGACACUUUAUAGGUUGAAUGGUAUAUUGCUUCCAGGAAUAUCAGCUCAUGGCGUUCAAGAUUAUGUCAAUCUUACCCGCUUGGGAUCCGUGCCUGCACUUAUCGGUCCUUUUGAUGAACCGAUUAAAGUACUCAUACAGCCUUGA